CACCGCGCGUUCAUGCGCAGGACGUAUUUUGCGAGCUGCUGCGUGUGUGCUCGGAAAACAGAAACAUAAAUAUAUCUUGUCAUAGCACUUUUUUCCCUACAACCCGACGGUGCGCUGGAUGUUCCAUUUUCCCAACGUUCCCAUUUCUCAUCUGUAGGUAAGGACGGUGAAAUAGUACGGAUUUGCUAAACAUUCCUUCACUAUUACCGGGUUUUUGGUAGUUGGUGAGUUUUCACCGUGUGUCGGUGGUGAGCGUGCUUGUGUUAAAGCAAAAAAAAAGUGUACAAAAAGAGUGCAAAACACCAUUCCAAAAUGUCCUGUGCAAAGGAUUGCUUUUGCCCCAAAGUUUCGUGUUUGGUGUUACUGUGGUGUUCUACCACUGAAUGGUGUUCGUUCGAUGUCCGAUGUUACUGAAGAAAAAAAAAAGUUGUUCCAUUCGCGUGCCAAACAGUGAUUGACCAGCACACACAGAAGGUGGAAAAAAUGCUAUCGAUUACGUGCGGUGGUGACCUUUGCGGCGGCGGAGUGGUGCGUACGGGAUAAACAGAGUUUCGCUGGUUGUUCGCACUCGGUGCAAAAUUUCACACACAGCAGGCGACGCCAACGUGAAGAAAGGAUGAACGUAAAGAAUCGAAACGAACGUAACGAUUUCAGUUUGUGCGACAACCCAGUGAAAGGGGCCGACCCCCGGCCGGGUAUCCGGCAGUUCCGACACUGUGCAUCAUCCGAAGCAAUUUAAAUCGAUCUCCCACAGCCCAACCGUUUCCGCUCUAGUGUAGAAACACUUGACUAGUACACCGUCUUUGGUUUAACCCGUGGGAGGGUUAACCGUUCCGAAACAGCUGCGGGCGGCUAAGCUCUGUUGGGCGUUUGGGAAAAGGUCACGCGCGGCUACACGCCGUACCGGAACGACGAUGAUGGAAGCAUCGGAAAAUGGGAGCAGCACCGGUGGAGCAGGUGGAGGAGGCGGUGGAAGUAAUGGGGGCGGACACACCUCAUCCUACGAACCGUUGGAAGGACGUCGUACCUUCGACACAUCCGACAGUCCCGAUCUGGACGGUGGCGGUCCUCCCAAGGAUCGCCGACGACUUGUGUUUUUUGCCCUCAUGACGGCCGGUGUCGGUUUCGUGCUUCCUUAUAACAGCUUUAUAAUUGCCGCUGACUACUGGCAGUCACGGUUUCCUGGGCAAUCGGUUGCACUGGACAUGUCGAUGACUUACAUCAUCGUUGCACUAGCGACGGUGCUGCUGAACAACGUGUUUCUCACACUGGCACCCUUCCGGGUACGGGUAGCAUUCGGCUACGCCGUGUCCUUCACGACGCUCGUGUUUGUGGCACUGUGCGAAGUGGCGUGGCACAUGUUCACCGCCAAAACAGCCUACUCGGUUAAUCUGGCCGCCGUUUCGCUUGUUGCUAUGGGAUGCACAAUCCAGCAGUCCAGCUUCUACGGUUUUGCGAGCAUGCUGCCCAAACAGUACACGCAAGCAGUGAUGGCGGGUGAAAGUUUGGCUGGGUUUCUGGUAUCUUCCAAUCGGGUCGUCACGAAGCUGCUGAUCAAGAGUGACCGUGCCUCGACGGCUAUCUUCUUUCUAACCUCGACCGUGUACAUUGCGUUCAGCUACGUGCUGCACUCGAUCACGACACACUCACCGUUCGUGCGGUACUACAUGAAGGCUUGUGCCAAAAUCGUCCUACGCCCGGACGAUGAUCACACACUGAGUGAAACGCUUGAUGGAGACAUAUCGAGCACGAGAUAUGGUGUGCUCACACUAGACUCUAGCCCACCCGUUCAUAUGCCACCGGGAUCAACGGCAUUAAGCUUUAGCAAUCCAGUGUACGACCUAUCGAAUCCCACGGCCGGUGAGACGGUGCUGGAAACAAACAUGACGAAUCUAUCGUCGACCGGCGAUGUAACGACACGCUCCAUCACGGUAACAACCGCACCGAGCUCAGAUGUACCGAACGUCGCGUUCAAGGUGGAACACGUGAUGACACCGGACAUUUGCAGUUCUGGCCGAUUGGGCAGCUUUCGCAGUGGGCUCGAAUCCAGGUGGAAAGUGGCACGAGCCAUCUACCCAUACAUGGCCUGCAUCGCCAUGGCGUACUGUGUGACGUUGUCUCUCUAUCCCGGCAUCGAGUCGGAAAUAAUUUCCUGCAACCUCGGCACCUGGAUGCCGGUACUGCUGAUGUUCACGUUCAAUGCAUCCGAUGUGGCCGGCAAGCUGCUUGCCGCCAUACCGUACAGUUGGUCUCGACGGCAGCUUAUUCUCAUGUCCGGUUUGCGGGCGCUUCUUGUCCCACUGAUACUGCUCUGCUGUUCACCGCGCGAACAACCGGUCAUUGCGGGCGAAGCGGCCGCAUUCAUAUUCACCGCUGCGCUCGGCAUCACAAACGGGCUGGCCGGCAGUCUGCCGAUGAUGCUUGCCCCGGACAAGGUGUCCGCGACGCUACGCGAAGUGACCGGCAACAUGAUGACACUGUCGUACAACAUUGGGCUCACGGCCGGUUCGCUCGUGGGGUACGUGUUCGAUGCCAUGCUCGGACCGCAGCUUCCUAACCCGUGUCCGCAGUACCCGUUUGUACCACCGAAGCCCAAUCAACCUCCGGGCGGGAUCGGCAUUAAUGGCAGCCAUCCACUGGCCGGCAGUGGUGGCAUUAGCAGCACCGGCACUAGCACCACCGUAGCAACGCUGCUCACAACGCUAACGGUGGCCGUGCUGCGCAGUACGGCUAGCAGUCCAGUGGAGACGAGUACCAUAUCAUCAAUGCCCUCUACCGUUGCCGCUACGACGGCCAGUUUAACGACGCUCCGGAGCGGUGUGGACGUGGUCGGUACGGCAACAUCAUCCUUCCCUGCUACGUCCACUACGUCCCAACCAUUUGACGGUGCGCAACUUGCUACGGUAGCGGCAACCUUCCUCUACAACGCAACCAGCUCUCUACUUGAUCCAAGCUCAGCCCUAGACUAGAAGUAAAGACAAAUGGAAGCGUUUCCAACAAAUCUCCGCUUCGUGUAGAUUCUCCAUCCAGCAGGAUGUAUCCUCCAUGCAGUAGUGCUCAACGCAAGUUCGCGUGUGUGUGUAUGUUUGAGAAGCAAACUCCUUACUCUUCUAUUCAUAAUUUUUCACAUUCUCGAUCUCAACAGGAACUCUUAAACGCUAGCAUUUGAGUAACAAGAUUACACCGUAGUUGGAUGCGUUCUUGAGGAACCGGUAGGCGGGUGUGUUGUAUGAAGGAUUAAUUCUAAUCAAAAUCAUGUGUUGUGGGGGAGGGUAUUCUAAAGGCUUGCAGUAAGACAUUUUGUGCGCUACAAGUUGUACAGUGUGUGUUUAAAUGGGGAUAUAAUAGAAUCGGACAUCACAGGAUCAUGGAAUGGGGAUUAGAAUAUAGGAAUAUAGAUCGUUUUUUUGUGGUCCGGUUGGUGGUUAUGUGUCUGCUUCGCUGUAGACUUACCUACACAGAGCUAGCUAAUGAUCCUUUCGGUGCAAGAGAUAGGUUUGUGACUAGAUACCAAAGAGAAGAAACUUAUUUCUACCGGUUACCGGCGCGAUGUAUAAAUGGAUAGGAAAUGGAAAAUACAUACACACACUCACACACAUUCAAUAACAAACUUGUGACCGAUAAAACACGAUGUAAAAUAAAUGAUAAUAAUUAAUGUA